AUGAACAUCAAUUGGUCAUAUUCAUUUCAUUCAUUGCGAAUACUAGAGGGAGGAGAGUCCUACGAGAUCUAUGAACUUUACUUGACCAAUAGACAAGGUGGUAGUGGUGGUGAAUAUUACGAUCACCAACAAUGGGAAAGAAUUAUAAUUAGUUUCGAUAAAACUAAACAUUCUCCUCGACCGACUGACCGAUUCUUACUCAGACCUCAUCCUUUGAUGAAGUUGAAUAAAAUCCAGUCAGUCGGUCCUAAUAGAAACCCAUAUAACAACCAUGCUCUCUCAUCAAAUUUCAUUAUUUUCUUCAUCCUCUAG